AUGACCCAUUUACCCUUACUCCUCCUCUUCCUCUUCCUCACCUCACUACCCUUCUCCGUAAUUUCCCAGCUCGACGAACGGUCAACCCUCCUUGACCUAAAACGCGCUCUCGGAGACCCACCGUCUCUCCGCCAAUGGAACAACACAACUUCCCCAUGCGACUGGUCCGAAAUCACCUGCGUCGCGGGCAACGUCACCAAGAUAAAUUUCAAGAACCAAAACUUCACCGAAAUUCCGACCAACAUAUGCGAUUUCCCAAACCUAGAAACCCUCGACUUGUCCUAUAAUCUAUUCUCCGGCGAGUUUCCGACCGUUCUCUACAACUGCACCAAACUUCGACACCUCGAUCUCUCCCAGAACUACUUCAACGGCUCGCUCCCCUCCGACAUCGACCGUCUCUCACCGGAACUCGAGGUUCUCGACCUCAGCGCUAACGGUUUCUCCGGCGAUAUCCCGAAGAAGAUCGGUCUGCUCUCCAAACUCACGGUUCUGAAUCUCUACGCGAGCGAAUACGACGGCACGUUUCCGUCGGAGAUCGGGGACUUGACGGAGCUCGAAACGCUCCGUUUGGAGUACAACGAUAAGUUUUUACCGGCGGAGAUUCCGUUGGAGUUUGGGAGAUUGACGAAACUCAAGUACCUGUUGUUCACGGAGACGAAUCUGAUCGGAGAAAUCCCAGCCGUUGUUUUCGAGAACAUGACGGAUCUUCAACACGUGGACUUGUCCGCUAACAAGUUAUCCGGUCGGAUCCCAGAAGUCUUAUUCGGGUUGAAGAACCUAACCGUUCUAUAUCUCUACGUAAAUAACCUAACCGGAGAAAUCCCCAAAUCUAUUUCGGCUACCAACAUUGUUGAUCUCGAUCUCUCGUAUAACGAGUUAACCGGUUCGAUUCCGGAAUCGAUCGGGAAUCUGAAGAAAUUAGAGUCUCUAAACCUGAUGCAUAACCAGUUAACCGGCGUAAUACCGGCGGUUAUCGCGAAAUUACCGGUAUUAAAUGACGUGAGGCUCUUUACCAACAAGUUAACCGGAGAUAUACCGGCGGAUUUCGGUUUACACUCAACUUUAGAGGCGUUCGAAGUGUCCGAGAAUCAGUUAACCGGGAAGUUACCAGAGAAUCUCUGCAAGGGAGGGAAACUGACCGGCGUGGUUGUAUUCUCAAACAAUCUCACAGGCGUUAUCCCGGAGUCGUUAGGAAACUGUGGGUCCCUCGUAUCGGUUCAGUUUCAUAACAACCGCUUCUCAGGUGAGUUUCCUUCCGGGAUAUGGACUGCUAAAGAGAUGUAUAGCUUACAAGUGAGUAACAACUUCUUCACCGGGAAGUUACCAGAGAAAGUCGCUGUGAACCUCUCGAGGAUCGAGAUAGAUAACAACGAGUUCUCCGGUGAGAUACCUCGAACGAUCGGUUCUUGGUCUUCUCUUGAAGUGUUCAAAGCGAGUAACAACAGAUUCUCCGGUGAGAUCCCGAAGGAGUUAACUUCCUUGUCAAGACUCAUAUCGAUCUUUCUUGAUUCGAAUAGUCUCUCCGGGGAGUUGCCGGAUGAGAUUAUCUCGUGGAAGUCGUUGGUGACGUUGAGUUUUUCGAAAAACAAGCUCUCCGGGGAGAUUCCCGGAGCGUUAGGGUUGUUGCCGGGUUUGUUAGAUCUUGAUUUAUCGGAGAACGAACUUUCCGGAGAAAUCCCGCCGGAGAUCGGGAAUCUGAAGUUCACGACGCUUAACUUGUCGUCGAAUAAGCUCACGGGAGAAGUUCCGGACCAGCUUGAUAACCUUGCGUACGAGACAAGUUUCUUAAACAACAGCAAUCUCUGUGCGGACAGACCCGUUGUUAAGUUAGAGGAUUGUCGGAAAGUGAUACGGAGAUCAAAACAUUUCCCUGGGAAGAUCCUCGCAAUGAUUCUAGUCAUCGCAGUUCUGCUCCUCGGGGUCACUCUAAUUGCCACGUUCUUUGUGGUUAGGGACUACACAAGGAAGCCUAGAAGAAGCAGAGGCUUAGAGACGUGGAAGCUAACUUCUUUUCACAGAGUGGAUUUCGCGGAACACGACAUCGUUUCGAAUCUGCUGGAACAGAAUGUGAUAGGGAGUGGAGGAUCCGGCAAAGUGUACAGGAUAUUCAUCGGAUCCUCUGGAGAAAACGUAGCGGUGAAGAGGAUAUGGGACAACAAGAAACUUGACAAGAACCUUGAGAAAGAGUUCAUCGCUGAAGUUGAGAUUCUUGGAACGAUUAGACACGUCAAUAUAGUGAAACUACUGUGUUGUAUCUCCAGGGAGGAUUCAAAGCUUCUUGUGUAUGAGUAUCUGGAGAAACGCAGCUUGGAUCAAUGGCUACAUGGUAAGAAGAAAGGAGGUGGUGAUGUAGAGGCUAAUAGCUUGAAUUGGGCACAGAGGUUGAAUAUUGCGGUGGGAGCAGCUCAAGGACUUUGCUAUAUGCAUCAUGAUUGUACUCCUGCGAUCAUACAUAGAGAUGUCAAGUCAAGCAACAUCUUGCUAGAUUAUGAAUUCAACGCCAAGAUUGCGGAUUUUGGAUUGGCUAAAUUGUUGGUUAAGCAAAACCAACAACCUCAUACUAUGUCAGCUGUUGCUGGAUCCUUCGGUUAUAUUGCUCCAGAAUACGCAUAUACAUCAAAGGUGGAUGAAAAGAUCGAUGUGUAUAGCUUCGGUGUAGUUUUGUUAGAGCUGGUGACCGGAAGAGAAGGAAACAAUGGUGAUGAACAUACAAACUUGGCAGAUUGGUCGUGGCAAUAUUACAAAUCUAGGAAACCGAUCACAGAGGCUUUUGAUGAAGACAUCAAAGAUGCUUCCAACUCGGAGGAGAUGACAACAGUGUUUAAGCUAGGUCUAAUGUGUACUAAUACAUUGCCUAGUCAUAGACCUUCCAUGAAGGAGGUUUUGUAUGUUCUUCGCCAACAAGGAAUUGAGGCGACUAAAAAGACUGCAGCAGAGGCACCUGAGGCACCUCUACUGGUUAGUUUAUCUGGUCGGAGGACAAGUAAAAGAGUAGAGGAUGAAGCUCUAGGUUUUGUAUAAUCAAUAGUCACACAGAUUUUGAGGUUGUUUUAGGGUUUUAACUUUUAACGCAUGUGUUGUGUGUAAACAAA